AUGCCCAGCAAGCCCACGCGGUACAACUUCUUCAAGUCGUACGAGCUGGCCCAGCACCUUCUGGCCUGCCGCCUGACGGUGGUGGGCACGCUGCGCAACAGCAAACACGAGCUCCCAACGACCCCGCGGGGAGCUCGUGCUUGCUCUUGCGGGCGUGCGGGGUUCCUGCGCGCGGGGUCUCUGGAGGGUGCCGAAGCGGAAGGAGGCCAAGAUGACCUGGCUAAGAAGGCUAUCACUGACCUCGCCUCCAUGCACCGCACUAACUACACAUACGGCAGCAUCAUCAACACCAUCUACCAAGCCAGUGGCGGCAGCAUUGACUGGACCUACAAUCAGGGCAUCAAGUACUCCUACACCUUUGAGCUGAGGGACACUGGUGACUAUGGUUUCAUCCUGCCAGCCAAUCAUAUCAUCCCCACUGCCUCUGAGACCUGGCUGGCUCUGAUGGCCAUCAUGGAUCACACCAGCACGAACACCAACUAAUGUGUGUAAAGUGGAAAUCCCUGAGAUGCUGUUAUUAGCUAAUAUCAUCACCAUGAACAUCAAUUGCUCUUGAA